GGGACCGUCACUCUCUCGGGAAGCAGCCUGAGCUUUUCCUCUUCACACACUCCAGGGAAUCCAGGGAGGGUUGAGCCGUUUCAGCGCCAUGGCCAAUCCUGGGAACAGAAGAGGGAUCUACCGCCCCUUGACCCUUAUCUGCUCCCUGCUCAUUGUGGGAAUGUGCUGUGUGUCUCCUUUCUUCUGCCAUAGCCAGACAGACCUGCUGGCUCUUAACCAAGCUGAUCCUCAGUGCUGGGAAUCUUCUUCAGUGCUCCUCCUGGAAAUGCGGAAGCCUCGAAUUUCUAACACUGUUUCAGGUUUCUGGGAUUUUAUGAUCUACCUGAAGUCAUCUGAGAACUUGAAGCAUGGGGCACUGUUUUGGGAUCUGGCCCAACUCUUCUGGGACAUCUAUGUGGACUGUGUCCUCUCCAGGAACCAUGGCUUAGGAAGGAGGCAAUUGACUGGGAAGGAAGAGAAGAUUUCAGCAGUGCAUCCACAGCACACAGGAAUAAAACAAGGUGCAUAUUCUCAGCAACUAAGAACACCUUUCGUAAAGAACAAAGAGUUGAUUAAAGGUUUGAUGGGCAUGCACUUGCACAGGAGUGGGUCUAAGUUCAUCGGAAAAGUCGCCAGUGGCCUGGAAAUAAAAAGAAAAUAAAUCUAACCUCCGAGCUAACUCACAUCUUGGAAUUAAAAACAAUCCACGCUUCUCUUGACUAUUGACCAUUUGUUUACUUGAAAUGGUGGGAAUGUCCAGAGAUAAAUCAUAAGCCACAUCCUCUCAGAGUACUACUUAAG